AUGGCAGGGAGGAGGGGGCGUGGCCGGAGGGGGCGUGGCCGGCUCCUGAUUGGUUGCCGCGUGGGGGGAGGGGAAGGGGGCGUGGCCGGCGCGGCGGUUGGCGGGAACCGUUGGCGGGAACCCACGUGGCACCCCGCCCCCCACCCGGGAACCCCCUCAGUGGGGUGGGGGAGUUUCUUCCGUCAGUGCUUCCAGGUCCUGGGGCGUGUGGGGCAGGGCUCCUUCGGGGAGGUCUAUAAGGUCCGCAGCCUCGACGACGGCCGCCUCUACGCCAUCAAACGUUCCCUCCGCCCUUUCCGGGGUCCCCUCGAUCGCCUCCGUCGCCUCUCGGAAGCCGCCAAACACCGACGUGUGGGGCAGCACCCCAACUGCCUCCCCCUUCUAUGGGGCUGGGAAGAACGCGGUCGCCUUUACCUCCAAACCCAAUUCUGCCCUUCCGGCAGCUUGAGACAAAUUUGGGGUGAACGGGGGGUCCCCGUUAGCGAGUGGCGACUUUGGGGGUACCUGUGGGACCUCCUCCUCGCCCUCCGCCAUCUUCACGCCCGCCCCAUAGCGCACCUCGACCUCAAACCCGCCAACGUCCUUUUGGCGCCCGGCGGUUGUCGAUUAAUCGAUUUUGGGGUUUCGGUAACGCCGGGAGAAAAAUGGGGGGAGGGGAAAGAUGGAGGGGGAGGGGAUCCUCGUUACGUCGCCCCGGAAAUUUUUGGGGGGUCGGUUGGACCCCCGGCAGAUGUUUUUAGUUUGGGUCUGACGAUUUUGGAGUUGGGGGUCGGAAAAAGGCUGCCGGAAGCGGGGGAAGGGUGGCAGGAAUUGAGGCGCGGGGGGCUGCCCCACGGCGCGGCGUCAGGGUUUUCGGCCGAAUUACGGGAGGUGCUGGGCGCCAUGUUGGAGCUGGACCCACGGCGGCGACCCACGGCGGAGGAGUUGUUGGGUUGGGGGUCGGUGAAGAGGGCGGGGAGGUGGAGAGCGGUCACGCGAUUGGCUGACGAGGGGUUGAGGCGCUUGGAUGAUUGGCUGAAGGGCUGCUGGCAAACCCUACGGCAGCUAUGGGGCGCGCUAUGGGGUAGAGCCCCAUGGCUGUGGGCCCCCGCCACCCCCCCCAGCUCCCCGCUGCCGCCCCCCCUCACCCCCCCCAGCCCCUGGGAGGAAGAUGAUGAUGACGACGACGAUGACGACGAUGAUGAUGACAAAGCCCCCCCCACGCCGUGGGGCCGAGGCUCCCGGAGAUGUGUGGGGCAGCGCCGUGGGGCAGAGAGGGUGCCGUGGGGUGGAUGUUCCUCCUCCCCGCCCCGACCCCUCGGCGCCAGAUCCCCCAGCCCCACGGGCGGCCUGCGACGGAGCCUCACCUUCGAGGAGGAGCCGGAAGAGCCCAACCCCCCCCCCAAAUAAAGUCCCUCCCCCCACCCAGCAAC